AUGCAGAAGUUAGGGAUAAAUGAGUGUUUGGUGAGAGCUGUACAAGCCAUGUACAGGGAGGCUGUCAGAAAGGUGAAAGUUGGUAAUGAGUAUAUCAAGGAAUUUAGUGUACAGGCAGAAGUUCACCAAAGAUUGGUUCUUAGCCCCCUUUUGUUCAUCAUAGUCCUCUUGGCCAUAACAAAGGAAUUAAAGACUAGCUACAUUUGGAAGUUCCACUUUGCUGAUGAUCUUAUUCUUAUUGUUGAAUCACUGCCAGAGCUAGACAAGAAGUUUCAGGUGUGGAAGCAAGAUCUGGAAUCAUUGGGUCUUAGAGUUAAUUUAGCAAAGACCAAAGUCAUAUUUGGAAACCAAACAAAUUAA